AUGGACGGCCUUUCAUACAACGUUAAUGAUGAUGAGGAAGGAGAGGAAGGUGAGGAAUACGAAGAAGAAGGGACUUAAAAUUAAAGCCAUGCUUAAUCUAAAUUAAGAGCAACUGGCUAACCUGCUGGCUCAUAAAAUGAUAAUCUUUCAUUAAUGCAAAGACAAAGAGCACUGAGUAAAAUAUCUGAUAAUUAGAAGCAAAUAUCUAAUCUUGCAAACUAGAGUUCCCUGAAUCAAUCAGCCAUCAGUAACUAACAAAGAAAUAUCUCAAAUUAAGGUUCCUUAAUAUCUCAAUAGUAAUAGCAAAAUGCGUCUCAUUACGGCAAUUAAUAAAUCUCUCCUCUUUCAAAUACUUACCUCUAAUCUAAUAACUAUUAAAGAAAAGAAGAGCCUUCAGUAAAAUCCAUUAAAUCACAGCCAAAAGAGGCAUUUGAUGAAGCUUAUAACCGUGGAAGAAAAGUUACAUCAGAAGAUGAAAAAUAGAUAUAUAUGCUGAAGCAAGAAAAUGAGCGUUACGUUGAGGAUAACAUACUUUUGAAGGCAGAAAAUGAUAGGCUAGUUAAACUAAUAUAUGAUAAGGAGAAGGCUGAUCAGCAAAAGUACUAUUCCGAGUUAGAUAUUAAGGAUAAAAAAAUAAAGAAACUCGACAUUGAAAUUGAAUAGUAUAAGAAAAUAGUCGAAGAACUUAGAAUAGACUUAGUGUCCAAGCAGCUUGAUAGAGAUAGUUUGAAAGCAUAACUCAUAAAUAAAAGUUUCUCGCCCAUCUUAUUCCUAAAUGACUACAGCAGGAAUGAAUUUUGGAAGAUGAUUACUAGAUAUGAAAGUGAUGCCUUGACUUUCUAAGAGGAUAAAAUAACAAUAUAGCAAGAAAUCCUUGAGUAAAGAUCUAUCAUAGCAAGACAGGAAACAGAAAUAUAGGAUCUCAAGAAGCAGCUGGAUGAUUACUUUGUUAUAAGGAGUGAAUUCACAAAGAUGAAAAUGGAGUAUGACAAGUUAUAUGAUAGAUACUCAGAAGUAGAGCAUCUGCAGAAGGAGACCAACUUGAAAUUUAGCGGCUUAGAGAAAUCUUACUUUUUCUUGGAAAAGGAGAGAGAGUCUUCCCACUCUAAAAUUCAGGAGCUGAGCAAUCUGCUGCAUGAAAGAUCUAUUGAAUCUAAUAAUGAAAAGAAAGCACUGAGAGAAUUUUUGCAAAGAUUAGAGCAGGAAAAAGGUUUGGCUGAGGAGGCUAACAAAAGAGAAAAGGAUUUCUCCAGUUAUAGAAUAGGGGCAAAAGUGUCGAGACCUUUUAAUCUUAGUGACUACUUCGUAAGACUUAAGACAACUUCAAUUUCAAGUGAGAAGUAUGCUGAGACCAUUGACAUUCUAUUUGAACUUCUUAAAACAGAACAAGCCAAUUCCUUGAAAACUGCAUCUAAAACUGACUCGACUAGUGUCAGCUCCCAACUCAAAUUAAAGGAUCACUACAAAUUAUUCCUAAAAGCGUUUUCAUCCAAGAAUUCGAAAGUCCUACAUUGCUGCUAUAAAAUUGUAAAGGAACUGGGAGAUAUUGAAGAUAGAGUGGAGGAAUUUGUCGAGAAUCAAGCAUCUGCUGCUUUAAUCAAAACUUACAAAACUACGGAUGAUUAUGCUAUAAAAUAAGACACACUAUAUUUCUUGAAAAAUUUCAUGUCAAAGGUUUGUAAAUUCAGUCAAGGUCAUUCUGACAAGGCAGAAAAUAAAAUACACAGUAUGAACUGCAUUGUAUACCUGGCUAAAACUUAGGAAAAUAGACAAGCACUCUCAAAUUACGACGUAUUUAACAUUGUUAUGACGAAUUUGAUACGAUCAGUGGAGUCUAAAGAGAGGAAAGUUGCAAAUGCUGCUAUUGGAGCACUGGCUUAUUUUUCUUUUGAAAGAGCUUAUAGAAUACUUUUGGCUAAUGCCAACUAGCUUUUCAACUUCUACGAACUACUUUUGUAAUCAAUUCAAGGUUCAGCUAGUGGAGGUAAUGCAACAGGAGCAGUAGAUAUUCCAGCCUCAACCAGAUAUGCAGCGGCUGUCAUCAUUGCUAAGAUGCUUGGUGAUAAGGAUUUGUUUGGAGUUCAUGAUAGCAUAAUGAAAGAGGGAGUUCUUACAUAUCUGGCAAAGGGUCUGAGAGACAAGCAAUCAAGUGUAAAGAAAGAAUGCGCAUAAAUUGUGAUUCAUCUAUCAAAAUACAUCGAUAAUAAACCUGAGUCAUUUAGGCCAUUAAUAAAUCCUCUUAUCAGCUCUUUGGGUGAUGAAGAUCAAUCACUUGUGGUAAAAUCACUUGAUUGCAUAAGAACACUCUCAUUCAACGACAAACUGAGAGAUUUCAUUGUAGAUAAUGGUUGUGUUAGUAUUCUUUGCAGUACCAUAGUACAGGAAUUGGCAGAAGUUAGUGUUGAAAUACUAAAGCAUUCAGUAUCUUUAUUGGUAGUACUUAUAUCAAAUGCUGAUGCCAGACAAAUUAUGUAUGAAGCGUCUGUCAUUUUACCACUACUCUCAUUUCUAUCUUCUGAAGAUAUUGAGGUUAGAGGCUUAUGGUAUGAAGGAUUAAAAGAACUGGGAGCUUAUUCAAAUUUCAGAGCACAACUUGAAAAUGCUGAAAACUCUAUGUUAAUAUUAAAAAGAGCCAUCAGGCAAGCUGAAACUACUUUUAUACUUUAAUUGAUUGCUGUGGUAAGAGUUCUCUGCCAAAGUCCAAUUUUGCUAGAUAGAAUAAUAGAUCCAGUUACUGUCCCUAAAUUAUUUGAGAUUUAUAAUGAUGCGAUGAAAUGGGCUGACUCCAAUAUAGAAAUCUAUGUACUUUAGACUUUAAGAUUAUUAUUCUCAAACAACAAUGGUAAACUUCAUGUAUUAAAAAAUGAAUUAAUGCUUGCUUACGCUUCAAGUUGUCUUGCAAAAGAAAAUGUAAAUGUAGCUAAUGAGGCUGCAUCAUUGCUUAUUGAAGUACUCUAAGAAUCUCGUAAGAACAAUUUCUCAUAACUCUUGUCUUUUAGAUUAAUCAUUGCAAAUAUUCGCAAGAAUACCUGUAGUCAAUAACCUAAUAAUAUAUUCCAAGAUCAACAAUUCUACAGCCGUUACCAGAGCUAAUGA